AUUGAUAUUACUGUCGAGUAUAGCAAAUACUACCCGGCAACUAGUUACUUUUUUAUUUAUUCUGGCCAGGUUAGGUCAUUCACCAGUUAUUCAAUAUUAAUUAAUUAAUAAUUACAUAAAUAGAUAUUAAGUUAUUAGUUAUAGGCAAAUAAUCAAUAAUGACUGAUCAGUACUUGACAGCACUAAUUAUUUCUACUAUUAAAUUGUAUAAGCUUCCUAGCUAGUUGUUGUUAGAUCCUUGAAAACUAUCCAGUUAGAAUAAUGUGAAUUUUUGAUCUCAAAUCAUUUGGAAUUCUGUGUAAUUAAUAUAUAUUUUUACACUUCAAUACCUAAGGAAAAGUCAUCCCAGAAAGUGCACAAUGAUAAAAUAUUUUAGUCUCAUUACACUUAAGAAAGUUACACUAUAUUUAUUGUGCAUCAUUGGUUUAGUAUUUUUUUGUGAAUAUGGCAUCUUUUACGUGGUUUUAUCACAAUGCAAUUGGCCUUCUGAUAGUAACAUGACAUCAGAGCAACCUGUUAAAGUAAUGUUUUUAGCUGACACUCAUUUACUUGGUACGAGGAAAGGACAUUGGCUUGAUAAGAUGAUACGAGAAUGGGAAAUGGGAUGUGCUUUUCAAACUGCUAUCAAAUUACAUAAACCAGAACUUAUUUUUAUUUUAGGUGAUUUAUUUGAUGAAGGAUUAUGGAGUAGUGAAAGAGAUUUCAACUCAUAUGUAGAAACAUUUAAAUAUUUGUUUUCAGUACCAUCAGCUAUACAAUUAUAUACUAUUGUUGGUAAUCAUGAUAUUGGUUUCCACUAUAGCAUAACACCACAUCUUGAAAGAAGGUUUAAUAAAGUGUUUAAUACUAGUUCAGUAGAAUUGAUCAGUAGACGUAAUGUUCAUUUUGUAUCAAUAAAUAGUAUGGCUAUGGAAAUGGAUGGAUGUUUUUUAUGUCAUGCUGCUAAAUUAAAACUAAAUAUCAUCUCCAAGCGAUUGAAAUGUAGCCAAAAUGAAAAUAAAUGUUCAAAAACAAUGAUGCUAGAUGGAAAUUAUAGUAAACCAAUACUAUUACAACAUUUUCCUCUGUAUAGAAAAAAUGAUAUGGCGUGCAAUGAACCGGAUUCAGCCUCAUUAAAAGAAAAAGAAAAACUUUUUCGCGAGGGCUGGGAUUGUUUACGCAAAGAUGCAACAGAAAAGUUAUUGAAAGUGGUACAGCCUCGACUAGUUUUUGGCGGACAUACUCACCACGGUUGCCAUAUCCAACAUGCAAAUGAAGUUCACGAAUACAGUAUAUCUUCAUUUAACUGGAGAAAUAAAUAUAAUCCUAGUUAUAUGCUUGCAUUAUUCUCUAUGAAUAAUUAUUCCAUUGAAACAUGUCAUAUGCCUCAAGAACAUACAAUUGUAUUUAUUUACUUCACAUCAAUUAUGAUUUUUUUAUAUUUUAAGGUAUUAAAAUUCAAACAAACUUCUUUAAUCAACAAUAAUCACCAUCUAUUUCAUCGUAAAAAAACAAAUGAUUAGUAUACCAUAAUUUAUUU